CAAAGCACACCACAGCAGAGCAGCCAUUGAGGGGAAUACAGGUAAUCAGCAGAGACAAAGGCAAACAAAAGGGGAAAAAAAGAGAGAAACAUCACAGUAGUACAGUGAAGAUCAUCACAGAUCAAAAAACCUAAAACAAAACUAAAAAUAAAGAAAAGAAGAAAAAAAAACAUUCUUCUUUGAGUCACAGCAGCAGCAAAAGCAACUAUAUCAGAAUAUAUUGAUAGUAGCAAAACACCAAUAAUUCCUUUGCACGUUCUUAUCCUCACAUGCAUAGUGAAACUCCCCUUUACUUCCAGUCCCACCUUUUCCUCCACCCCCACCCCCACCACCCUCUCCCUACUUAACCAAUCUUCCCUAUGGGUACACUUAUGUCUAGCAUGUACUAGUUACUGAUUACUAGUACAAAAAAUGUAUAAAGAUUUGUAGUAAUCAAAAGUCAAGCUGUCAAUAACUUUGCUUAAUUGUUGCUCUUCUCUCUAUUUGCAUCAUCAUCAUUUCAAAUCAAAAUCAUAUUAUCAAAAGAAUAAGCAAACACAUUUCUGUCUCCCCUUACCACUUUGUCCCUUUUCCAUUUGGAAUGUCAUUCUCACAUCUCAACAUCUCAGUGAAAAAAUUCAAUCUUUUUCACUACCCAAGUGAACAAAUUCAGUCUUUUUCAAUACCCAAGUGAAAAAAUCCAAUCUUUUUAAACACCCAAGUUGAAAAAUUCAAUCUUUUUAAAUACCCAAGUGACAAAACCCAAUCUUUAUCAAUACCCAAGUUGAAAAAUCCAAUAUUUUUUCAAUAUCCAGAAGUUUUCUGAUCAAGAUCUUGAAAACCCUGUUUAAAAUAUUCCAAAAUCUAGCAGUUUUUUUGUAUGUAUUUCACUUCAGAUCAUACAGAUUGAUAAUGCCAAGGCAAAAUCAGGCUAUGGUGGAGGGUUUAAUACCCAAGAUCCGCAAAAGGGGUUGUUCAUCUUCAUCAUCUGCAUCAUCAAAAGUGUAUAAUUACAGAUUUAAACGGGCUAUUUUAGUAGGAAAAUCUAGAAACGGGCUGGGCUUUGGGCUUAAAGGGUCUAGAUCCAGUACACCAGUACCAACUUGGAGAGCUACACCAUUGAGAAACGUUGCUGAGUCACCCAAACAGUCCCUUACUAGUGGGAUAUCACAACCUGUAUCAGCUAGAAAACUAGCUGCCACAUUGUGGGAAAUGAAUGAAAUGCCUUCCCCAAGAAUGACUGAGGACUUAGGGAAAAAGAAGAUGAUGAUGAUGAUGAAGAAGGAGAAAUUACGGACCGGCUAUCCGGGUUCGGGCUCUGUUUCGGGCUGUUUGCCUCCACAUUUGUGUGAUCCAUCACAUAGCCCGGGCUCUGAGAGGAUGGAUCGAUCUGGAACAGGAAGCUAUCAGAAGAGAACAUCAACAACUUCCCGUAGACAAAGGACUACGGACCAUAAUGUUGGAAUGUUAGAUUCUUUAAGCAGCGCCAGUUUAAUGGAGCUUGAGACCAGGUCUCGUGCCCAGACUCCACGAGGAUCAGUGGCUGGUUUUGGCAGCCGUCUGAAAGAUGUUAGUAACGCUUUGACAACAUCCAAAGAGCUUUUGAAAAUAAUCAACCGAAUUUGGGCACAUGCUGAUCAACCUUCAUCUAGCACGUCACUUGUCUCUGCAUUACACACUGAGCUGGAAAGGGCCCGCCUGCAGGUGAACCAGCUUAUUCAAGACCAGCGGUCGGAUCAAAAUGAGAUUAAUUAUCUCCUUAAAUGCUUUGCUGAAGAGAAAGCAGCUUGGAAAAAUAAAGAGCAACAGGCAGUUGAGGCUGCUAUCGAGUCCAUUGCGAACGAACUCGAGGUAGAGAGAAAGCUAAGGCGGAGAUUCGAGAGCUUGAAUAAAAAACUUGGCAAAGAGUUAUCGGAUACAAAAACAUCAUUCAUGAAGGCAGUGAAAGAGCUUGAAAGCGAGAAAAGAGCUAGAGAAGUAAUGGAACAGGUAUGCAAUGAAUUGGCUAGAGACAUUGGUGAAGACCGAGCGGAAGCAGAAGAGAUGAAGAGGGAAUCGGCAAAAGUUCAAGAAGAGAUUGAACAGGAAAGAGAAAUGCUCCAGUUAGCUGAUAGAUUGCGCGAGGAAAGGGCUCACAUGAAACUCUCGGAGGCAAAGAAUCAUUUCGAGGAGAAAAAUUCUGCUAUUGACAAGCUCAGGAAGCAGCUCGAAGGAUUCCUGGGAAAGAAAAAAUCCAAAAGCAGGGGAAACGGUUCCCUAAAUUUCAGAAGUAAUGAAGAGAUGACAGCAUCUUUGAGUAAAACGCUAUUAGUUAACAAUCCGAAUGAAGAAAAAGAAGAUGAUGGAGGAGAAGUGGAGAAUGUUGGAGACUGUGAGGAAGAUUCAGCCGAAAGUGAUCUUCAUUCAAUUGAACUUAACAUGGACAACGCAAACAAGAGUUACAAUUGGGCUUAUCCAUCUGGUGUAGUUCGUGAGUCAAAACGAAUUUCAGUUGACGAAAGAAGAGCAAGAACCUCCAUGUCGGCGCAGCCCAGAAGAAGCGCUCCCAUUCAAAGGAGUAUUUCUGGUGGAGUCAUUGAGUAUGUCAAUCAAGCUGCAAAUCUUCCAACCUCAGGAGACGGAUUAGACAGGGAAAGGCUUCAUGAACUCGAGACACUAGGUCAAAGAUAUAGUUAUUUGGACGAAGCACAAAGAUUUAAAGCAGUGAAGGGCCUUAAGGAUCAUCUAUUAGCUAGUACGGGGACAGUGUCUGCCAGAGACAUUUCCAGUCCCAUCCGACAGUGGGAACAACCUUGGCCUUCUAGAGAUCCUUGUGCUACAAUUCCAGAAAGGUCGAGUAUUAUUCAGGGGAGCGCCACAAAAUCAAGGCUAGGAGAAGGCCAAAGUGUCAGAAGAUCAAGACGGUGAGAUUGUUUGAAUACGUGUGAGUUGUCAAGGAAAAGGGGCCCGGCUCAUGUCUGUCUCAUGAAAUGGUCAAGGAGAAGGGGCCUUCUAAUUAUAGGAACUUUCUAAAUUGGUUCCACUGCUAUGGCCUAAGUUAUGUGCUUGCCUAACAGUUCAAACUUCAAAAGGAAUUAAGACUGAGGGAUGCAUUUUGACUAUGUCCAAAAGAGGUUAACAUCUUGUUGAUUAAGCUUCGGAUGUCAUUUUUCAAUUGUUUUCUUCUGCCAGUUUUUCGCUGUGUGACUCCUUUUUGUUGAGGCGUGUUUGAAUUAGUCGAAAUCGACUCUGUAGAAAGUUGUGCUGAUUUUAGCGAACUGCUCACUGUAUAAAAAGUUCUCAGCUACUACUCCAAUGCUUUUUCCUCUUGCAUACAAUUUCUCUUCCAUGAAGGUACUUCGCCUUUUUAAGACAA